AUGUCUCCUUCUGAUUUCCUGGACAAACUGAUGGGGAGGACGUCUGGAUAUGAUGCCAGGAUAAGACCGAACUUUAAAGGUCCUGCAGUCAAUGUCUCCUGUAACAUUUUCAUCAACAGCUUUGGCUCCAUUGCUGAAACCACGAUGGACUAUCGUGUGAACAUCUUCCUCCGUCAGCAGUGGAACGAUCCCAGGCUCGCUUAUGCCGAAUACCCAGAUGACUCUUUGGAUCUGGACCCAUCUAUGUUGGACUCCAUCUGGAAACCGGAUCUGUUCUUUGCCAAUGAGAAGGGAGCCCACUUUCACGAGGUCACGACAGACAACAAACUGCUCAGGAUAUUCAAGAAUGGGAACGUUUUGUACUCUAUAAGACUAACAUUAACUCUGUCAUGUCCCAUGGAUCUAAAAAACUUCCCUAUGGAUGUUCAGACAUGUAUCAUGCAGUUGGAGAGCUUUGGCUACACCAUGAACGACCUGAUCUUUGAGUGGCAGGAGAACGGACCAGUCCAAGUGGCCGAAGGCUUGACCCUCCCACAGUUCAUCCUCAAAGAUGAGAGAGACCUCAGAUACUGCACCAAGCACUACAACACAGGUAAAUUCACUUGCAUUGAGGUACGGUUCCACUUGGAGCGUCAGAUGGGCUACUACCUGAUCCAGAUGUACAUCCCCUCUCUGCUCAUUGUCAUUCUCUCUUGGGUCUCCUUCUGGAUCAACAUGGACGCCGCCCCAGCCAGAGUAGCUCUGGGCAUCACCACUGUCCUCACAAUGACAACGCAGAGCUCAGGCUCUAGAACUUCACUGCCUAAGGUCUCUUAUGUCAAGGCCAUAGACAUCUGGAUGGCGGUGUGUCUGCUCUUCGUCUUCUCCGCACUGUUGGAGUACGCUGCAGUGAACUUUGUAUCGAGGCAACAUAAAGAGCUGCUGCGAUUCAGACGGCAUCACAAGAGCAAGAGCAAGGUACAGCAAGAUGUUACAGAUGGGGUGAGACUUUGGGUGGGGUGAGACGUCUCUUCUUCUGUCCUGGAUGGAUGUGUUGUAAAGUCUUCAACAUCAAACCCCCCCGGAGGAGCGCCCAAAAGUGGAGGGGGUAAAAGCACGGAAGAGAUGAGGAAGUUAUUUAUCGACCGAGCCAAAAAGAUUGACACUGUGUCGAGAGCCGGCUUCCCCCUGGCCUUCCUCUUCUUCAACAUAUUCUACUGGGUUCUUUAUAAGAUACUUCGACAUGAAGAUUUUCAUAAGCAGUAG